AACUCACAGCCUUCUACUCACAACCAAUGUGAAGAAGCCUCUAGGAUGAGAAGAAAAACAUCUUCAAGAUAACCAGAAAUGUCCAGCUGUUUUUAUAUUAAAGCUCAGGAUGAUCAUGUCCAGGAUGACAGAGAAUCUUCACCUAAUGCAGGAAAUGUGAGCAGAACUGGAAGAAAUCUAGGUCACAGCCCUCAUUUGAAGACGUGAGGUCUGCAUGGUGUUCCUAUCAAAUGGCUGUAAAAAAGGCAAAAUCCAUGUUUUUAUCUGAUAUUAUUAGCUCUAAUGAGCAUAACCUAAGAGUACUAUUUUCUACCGUGGAUGAGAUUUGAAAUCCUUCGUGUGCAGGUGGACUUAAAGCCUCCUCGACUACUGCUGAGAGGUUUCUGACAUAAUUUAUAGGCAAAACUGAAACUAUUCAAGCUCAAAUUCCCCAGCAAUUUAGUUUUAUUGAUGAAGAAAUCUGUUUUGAUUCAACUACUUUAAAUUAUUUUGACUCUGUAUCCCCAGAUAUGUUGGAUGAAAUUGUAGGAAGGAUGAAACCAUCCAGCUCUGCACUCGACAUCAUUCCAUCCUCUAUUGUUAAAAAUGUUUGGCCAGCUAUUUCAAAUAUGGUUCAUAAUGUAAUCAACUCUAGUCUGCAGUGUGGGCAAGUUCCAAAGAGUCUGAAAGGAGCUGUAAUCAAACCCCUUCUAAGGCUGGCCGAUAACCGUAUUUUCACGACCAUAAGGCGCACCUAAAAGUCUUAAAUUUUCUCCAAAAUGUACACCGCGCCCUAUGGUGCGGAGCACCUAUUGUGUUGUUGUGAGAAGCGAACGUAGUAGAAGACUAGGGGCGUGGCGUGAACGUGAGCGAAGACAAACCUGUGGAUCUGCCACAUCGUCAUCAACAUCCUCGCUAUUUGCCUCAGACUCCGCCUGUGAGUCUCCGUCCACUUCCUCUGCUUCCAGUUCAAAAAACAGCCGUACUAUCUGAACUGCCUGGUGGACAUUUAUCCUUCUCAUCAUCCUUUAUAUAAGCCUAAUAAAAGCCUGCUAAACUGCAGAGACAAUAUAUCUGUCCGGAUCGCUCCAAAAUAUGAAGUUUACCGUCAUUAUCAGUCUAAUUGUUUGUUGUUACUCCAUUUGCGCCACUUCUUUCCCCGCGAAGCGGCUCCUUUUUGCGCACAUCUCGUUACUCGUGCGGCCUUCCUCUCUCUCUCAGCUACAUGAUGAUACUUUUUAUCAAUUGAAUAUGUGAGACUUCCACCAACAGCAAGAGGAUCUCAUGUUUUUGUGGGUUUUUUAUGUUCACAAGCACGUUCCCUCUCACAGAUUACUAAACUGCUGUUUUGACAAGUUAUCAGAUUGUCUAAAAAUAGGUCAUUUUUUAGUUUAGUAUAACUCCGCUUUUACGUUGCCUGUUAACAAAAUUUAAAAACUUGGGUGUAGUUUAAUCUCCUUUUUAAAGCUGAAUUGAAACCGAAAUUCAGGGAGGCGGAGUCUUGCUGCUACAGCGUCCCAAAUCAGACCUGUUCAAAAGAAGCGGAUACGCGUCCAUGGACCCCAGAGGGUUCAUUAAACACAAUUCAAAUCACACUAUUUUCUUAGGCCUAUUAAUAACACACAUAUGAUUUUGAUCAUCUGGAAAGUUUAUGUGGUUAAAUCCACCAACUACCGGUAAACACAUUCUGAACUUCAACACAGCGCAUUAGCGCUUGAAGCGGCGCUGCGAGCAGCUGCGACCCAAAAAGUACCAGAACCGCUCACGGCGCAUGCGCAAUCCUGCAUCAACGCCGCUCGCCCGCUAUUUCCCUAAUAACACACGCUGUUCGUUUUUAUUUCUACACGUUUUUUUACUCACAAAGAUUGUCAAGAAAGCGUGUUUGUCGUGUUCAUGUCAAAUUAAACUGAUCACAAAACACAGAUUUACUUUCUUUAUUUCGUUUUCCUCAUCCAACCCCCAUAAAUCCCUGUGUGUCCUCCUGCAGCACUCCCGGUGUACGCACGGCUUUAGUAAGAGGGAGACCCGCGAUUAUCGCCUUGUCGCGCAUGAUUCAUUGAAAAUGAAUGGAGGAGAGGGGAAGUUGCCUCCCGUGUGUCGAGCCCAUUAGAAGAGCAGGAGCCGUCAGCGCACGCAAUGAGGAAGUGCACGUGUGCUCUAAACCAGGUCUGAACCAGGACUAGACCAGUAAAGUGAAGCAUGCUUUUGGAUGUUUAUAAUUUUCACAAUGUCUGGUUUGCACUGAUAUGUUCCGAGUCCCGAGCCCGCACAGAUGUUUUACCGGUACGUUUUUCCGUCCCCGCGCCUGCGCCCGAUAACCCGGUGCGCCUUUUGUAUGUGUUAAAUACCAAAAAGACACCCUUAACUGAAGCUGCGCCCUAUAACAUGGUGCGCCCUAUGGUCGUGAAAAUACGGUUAUUUAAUUUUAAUCUCAAUUACGAUAUGGAUUUUUAACGAUCAUGAAAAGAAAAAAAAUCAGAUUUUUUUGUUCUGUUCAUUUGUGUCCCCCGUGCUGCUUUGUGUGUAGCACAGCGCAGCACCGCAUGUAAGGCUGUGACGACACACUCACAUUAGCCACAUUGUGUGAGGCACAACACAGCACAGCGCCGGUAGCCCAGGAGACUCUCUGUCAGACUGCUCUCCCCACAGCCACCCCCAUGUGUGCUCGUCUUCAGCAGCGGUGCUAAAGUUUCAAGCAAGGCUAGUGUGUUAGCAGUCACGCAGAAAAGAUAAGGGGGAGAUAAUGGCUGAAGAAAGACAACCGCUGGUGGAGAAAAAAGGAAAAAUUGCUUCCUUCUGUGGUGUGGAAACACUUCGGGUUCGAGGAAGCAGAUGUGUGUCAGCAAACAAUAAUAUGUAAAUAUUUCCGUGCUUGCGCCACAAAGCAACACGACAAAUCUUUUUAACCACUUAAAGUCAUCACACAAAGUGAUAUACGAUCAUGCAAUGAAAGAACAAAUAGAGAAGAAAACCGUCCGACAGCUUCCACUUCCCAAUCAUCCAUUGAGGACACCCUCUACAACACAAGAAAAUACCCCACAAGCUCUCGAAGACACAAAGAAAUAACAAACGCCAUUGUUUUUUUUCCUUGCCAAAGACCAGUGCUCCAUUAACACCGUAGCUAAUGUGGGAUUCAAGAAACUUGUCGAGACUUUAGAUAAAAGGUACGACUUGCCAUCCCGAAAUCAUUUCAGUCGAGUGUGUCUCCCAGCUCUUUAUGAUGAGUGUCGCCAGGGCGUUCUAAAGGACCUUGCUAAUGCUAAAUAUUUCGCCACCACUACGACCUGUGGUCAAGCCAAACAAUGGAACUGUAUAUGAACCUCACAGUUCAUUUUAUAGAUGCUGAUUUCAACAUGGAAACUAGAUGUCUACAGACGUCUUAUUUCCCAGAGGAUCACACAGGGCAGAACAUCGCUGCUGGACUGAGACAAGCGAUAGCUGCUUGGAACCUAGAUGAGGGGAAACUCAUCUGCAUGACCACAGACAACGAACACCCGCAACGUAACACUGGCUGCUCAACUCAACGGCUGGAUGAGGCUUCAGUGCUUCGGACACAGACUCCAUUUGGCCAUAGGUAAGCUGGAUAUGGUUUACAGAUGUAAUUAUUAGAAUUGAAUGACAAAAAUUACCAUACAGUGUUUACAACCUCAGGCUAUGCAUGUCUAAAAAAACCUUUAUGAAAAUGCAGAGGCCAUCACAUUUUUAUUGUUUAAUUGUUUACAGUCAUUACCUACCUUUGUUGAUUUUUCCCACAUAAGUGUGAUAUUUGAGCUUUUGAUUCAUGAGUGAUAUAACUUGCUUUGACAUUUGAUUCAUUCUUUAACUAAAGGCCAGUAGUAGUUUAAAGGAGCAUGGGGCAGGAUGAAGAAAUGAAACUCAUUAGCGACGCACUCUGCGCUGAGUAACUGCGGCCCGGCACGAGAGCGCGCACAAACUCUUCGUCACUAGAAAAAAAAGUUUCAGUGAUGUACAGUCAGAGCGUGGCUCGAACAAGGCACCGUGUCGAGCGAUGAAGUAAGUAACAUUGUUACUUUAGUCUAAUAUUUGUAAAAUUCCAUGACAACAUUAGCAUUUUAAUUUAGCCAUGACAAUCGUGAUGUAAAGCAAGUGCUCCUUCCUAUGAAAUAUUCAUAAGCCAGUUUUGUGACUGGCGAGCAAGACAGUAACAUGAUGCUACUUUAUCAGCAUAAGGCUUUGUGGCUGCAGGUGAUUUCUGAUGUUUUUAGACAAAUUACAGUUAUUAUUUUGCACUAAGCUUACUAACAAGCUAAUGUUAUUGUUUAUACAUCAUAUAAGAACAUCCAAUUUCAAGUCACUGACAUCAUUUGUGAAACCAAUUUCAUUACAGGCCAGGCAUCACAACAAUGUAAAUGUUUAGUUAAAAAAAAUGCAUCAAAUAAAAUCAUAAUAUCAAGAAGACCUACAGGGUAAUACAGUAAUUUUUAUCAUUACUGUCAUUGAUUUUCAGGAAUUCACAUUGGAAGGAGUGAUGGAAAACAGUUCGGAUGAGGAGUAUGUGCCCGAGCCUGCCACAGACUUUGAUGUGUCGUGGGAAAGUCUGAGACCAGGGGGUAAAGGAAAGGGCAGUACUGGAAAGGGGAGAGGAAAAGGUCGCUCCGAGGGUCGGGGAAGGACACGCUCAAGGGGUGAGGGCAGCAGGUUGAGGUCCAGAGCUCCUUCAAGAGGACCAGGGCGCCGGGGCAGGCAGCGAACAUCAGCUUUCAGAGAAGAGGGCCGAGACCGGCUUGCACAGCUGAGAGCUGCCAGUAUAGCGGAGAUGCAGACAGCUUUACAACACCUGAGCCAGGAGGAGAGAGAUUAUAUUCUCGAGAGAGUGGUGACCCGUCUUCCAGGGGUGAUGCUGGAUAUCCUGGAGUUUCGGCAAGAGACGCCAGGACACCAUCUUCCUGAUCGAGGGCAGCCUGCAUGGUGCACUUGCCAGAACUGCCGACGCAUGCCUACACAGAUUGAAAACCUGUGCUGUAGGCAAGUUCCAGAGCUCUGUCUAAGCAGAAGUGCUCACCUCGAGCUAUACUGCUUGGAUGAGGGCACACUGCAUCUAGUGAGGAUGACCUGGAACGACAUCUUCGCCUUAGAGGACAACCAAGAUGUGGGCACAGACAACCGAGAGUUUCGUUUUGCUGCGUAUCGUCAGUUUACAGUCUGGCAACAUGGGCGUCUGGGAAGAGGAAGUCGGAGACCAAUUCCAAGCUGCUGUGUUCUACGUAUACGGGAAAAAUUCCCUGAUCCAUUUGGGAAUUACACUGGCUACAAAGAAGCACCUUUUAGGGUUGCAGACUAG